GACUGCCGCCAGCGUCACGACGGAUCCAAUCCGGCUAUUGUGCGCUGUCUUCCCCGCGCACGCUUGGUCGCACACGGUUCAGCAGUUUCUGUCUCGUCCUCACUUUUGACACCGUUACCGUAUACAUUUUCCUGGAUGAAAUGGUCUUCCAGGACCUAUUCAAUCCGAUUUCAAGUCUACAAAUGUUACAAACACCGGGCAGGCAUUAUUAAAGUAAGGGCCCUGACUGUCUCCUGUGUGCGCGAGAGGGCACAUGUGCGAAAUUCUUGCUUAACGAUCACUGUUUAAACGUACGACAGUUUCUGUUGAUCCCGUCCAUUCAAGGAGUUCAGCGUGGACUGGCCGUCUGCUGUGAUUUUUAAUGGCUGAUGCCUCAACCUUCAAGGAGCUGACGGUUGUGGCAUACCUCGUCUGUGCGUAAGGCUCUGAAUGGACAGAACUCUGCACCAAAGAUGUCGAUGCAUCUUUUUCCACCAAGUGGCGAUCAAUGGGAGGCAAUAUGACCAUCUGAGUGACACGGAUGAUAUCCCACCAUAACAGCAAGCUGAAGGGGGUCCAACUUCAAGCAAGAUCACUUCAGAGGGAUCCAUGGACUAGAAUUUGGAGUGGAGGAGCGGCCAGAUGGAGAUGUAGUGCCUCUCUAGUGAUUAUGCUUUCCUACAUCUUGUCACGGUGAUACCUCCAUAGUUCUCAAAAGACAUGCAGUAGCAGGAUGGUCACCGAAAGAAAUGGUUAUCUGGUGAUGACAGAUUUUUCAUUUCCUGAACUUUUCAGUAUUCCAGACUGGAAAAAUAAAUCCAAGUUAGGUCAUGAAUGUUGGGGCCAUGAUGCCGCACGAUAGCCGAAGCUUACCGGCUAUCAGCCAGCGUCACGCCAGCACGCUACCGGUACUUAACGGUUCCCGGGGUGUUCUCGACCGGGGAAGCGCCUCUGGGUUUGUCGGUGCUGUGACGAGAUUCACCAGCAGAGAUUUUUCCUACGGGAGAGACAGCGUAGGGAAAUCGAGCAGUAGCAGUGACAGUAGGGUAUCUGACUACUCCGAUCAGACACCCGCACAGGGUGUAUCUCAGUCUUACGCUGGUGGCGAGCUGAGUCAUCAGUACAACCACAAGGCCCAGUUCAACGCCGGAGGUUCAGAACAGUCACAACUCAUGACUCACAACUUCCUACCACGUCUCGUUGACGACCAGGGUCUUCUGAGACCUUCCAACUCUGGCAAGGGGAGGGCUGCGUUCUCCUCCAGAUCGCUGGAAAUCUUACCCAGCCGGGAUCUGAUAUCGGAAGAACUUCGGAUGCGCACCAUCUCCCUGCCAAGCCUGAGAAGUCGUCGUAAACAUGAAUGCAGGGCUAGAGUUGCCCUGUCGGACCGCGAGGAAGACAGUUACACCACCGAAGAUUCCAGCGAAGCGGAGAGCCCCAUUGUUGAAAUUGAUCCCUUCCCGAACGUCGGGGGGGACUCGUAUCCCAGCAACUGGUUACUCCCCGACUUCCUGCCUCCCCACCUCAAACCGUGGACGCCAGGGGUGCGCAAGACCAAACCCAAGCGCAGUCACAGGAACGCGGAGGCAGAAAAGAAGAGGAAGGAGAUGGAGGCUCUGGCGGCCAAAGAACACAAGCGGAAGGCCCAGAGCAAAUCGCGUCAUCCCCGGCGGCGCUCCGUUCGUAAAGACGCUUUCGCCCGGAAGAGUGAGAGUGAAGUGGCAAAACGCUACCCUGUCCGGAAGCAAUUCGUUUACUCGGAGCUCGUGCAAGUCGAGCUGGAAAAACUCACUCCUAAGCGAUUGCCGGGAGGCAAACUCAAACCCAUCUAUAACAGACGGACGCCAGAGGGCGACAUUGACAUCCCUAGAGAGCUCCACAUUUCGCUGGAUAGCUUAUCCCUUAGACCCGGCGAUGAACGAAUCGAUUUCUCAGACUCACCGGCAGCGAUUAACAAAAGACGGAAACAAGAACUGCAAGCUUUGCUCGAAAGGAGAAAGAAAAUACAGCGCCAGAUGGUCCACAAAAAGAAGCGAAAAGUCCACUUUCUCCUUCCGGAAGAAGAGAAGCGCAAACACGAGGUCAGAGAGCAGGUCAACGCUGUAGACAGCUUCAACAACAAGCCUCGGUCUAGAAGUACUUCUCCCGGUCAAAGUUCAAACAGUGGCGUUGAGGAGGUUGCAAAGGAAGGUGAUGAUCAAAUGGAUGAUGGGCAAGCAAAUUCACCCGGCCAGUCAGGAAAUCGCAAUCCCGGUGACGUCAUAACAGACGCAAUUUAUAUCGAACAACGCGAGUACAGAAAAGAUCGAACUAGUAACUGGGUGGCCAAUCAUAUCACCCAGAAUUUGCCCCAAACUCUUGACAAUCAGGCUAGUAAAAAUGACAAUAACAGCAUCCAUGCAAAUCAGAAUUCACUUGCACCAGAUCCCGAAAAGGUCAGUGAGCCCAGCCAAAGUCAGUCAAAUUAUGCUGCAAACAGCAGUUCAACCUUGCCUCCCGACCCAUACAUCUCCAGAGAGAGUGCCUACGACUCGGACGUCAACUCUAACCGACAGAUGAAGGGAACACCUCCCAGCAACAAUCGAAGCACAUCGGCAGGGAAACGCAAGCUUCUCUCAGUGGACGACAACGUAGCACAGGCCGCUCAACUCAACCCUCUGCCAGGAAUACAGCCCGACUCACCUCUCUCUCGGGACGACGGUGUCUUUGUGGAUACUCAGCCCUCUGCGGAUUCUGGUACGGUGCGAGAAAUCAAGUUCCUCUCGGAGCGACUUCCGAGUAUCAUUAUAUCAGACACGUGACCCCAUCAAAGGGCACAUAUAAGACCGGUAACGGUGUACUGAGGACAUUCAGAAUGACUUCUAUUCUGUUAGAAAUAAAUAUUGACGCUUAAUAAAAACAAACCUGCCAUUCCAUCUGCCUGUAUUUCGUCCUGCUCAAAGAAAUUAACAUGUCAUGCAAAUAAUGUUUCCAAAGAAAGAGAUUGAAACAUCGUUCAAAUAUAGACCUAGAGUUCUUUAGACCUCAAACCUACUACAUCUAUACACUUUUCUCAAGCUAUUGUUUACGAAUUUUAGAAAGCUUUUAUUUUUGAGUAUUAAAGUGUAAAUUGUCGAUCCUGAUAUUUUUGUCUCAAAUCAUAUGAUAAUAUUUUUGAGUAUUUGUGUUGGGGAUCUUGGCAUUACGUUUCAAUUUAGAUAACGAGAAGUUAGACGUUUCAAUUUAGAUAACAAGCAGAUAGGAAGUAAAGAUUUGCAUAAAGCUGGAAGUUUCUGUUAAUCUGUGUCCAAAUUCACAACAAUAUAGCUUCAGCACGUCAUUUUUUGAAUAGUACUUCGGUUUGUGCAAGAAAUGGGCGCCAGCAAUGCUUCAUUGUAGUAUUUUCUUCAUUUGAAACAAGGAUUAUCUUCAUCUAUAUCACUGUAAGCAGAGAAGAAGUCACAAGUUAUGACGCAUAGCUGGACAUUGAGUGAUUUGCGCAGUGUUGUAUUGGAGUCCAUCAGAAGUCCCUGCAAGUCCCUCACUCUUAAUAAGCCAGUUCACAAGCUAUUCACGUGAAUUGUGACAAAAGCUUUCUUUUGUCAUUGUUCACCCUGUUAAUUAUUGCUUGCCUAGUGAAGGGACUUGUGACUUAACUCCAACACCAGAGUUGCAACAGCUUCAGAUUUUGGAAACAAACUGGCUGGUCGUUAUGAGUGCCUACAGAGAGCGUGGCUAUUGUAUACCAACUAUUCCUGCGAAAUGGUGCGUACACCUGCCACUUUGUUUAUAACAAUGGUGGUCGUGUGUCGCAGUUCUGUCCAUUCACGGCUUUGCAUGGAUUGACAGAGCCAACGGCAUUUCAUUUGGGUGUUAUGAAUUGUUAAUUGAUAUCAGUGUUGAUUUUUUUCCCUUCAUAUGUGCCUUUUGCGUCAGAAAGUAAAAACAUGUUUAAAGAAUUAUAAAUUUCCAACAAUUCUGUUUGACAAUGUUACUUUAUUUUUCAAACACCCCUCUGGCCAAUUUAUAGUAUGGUCCUGUCGCGAGUAGUCAUGAAGAAUCGCCUUCUGUUUGCAUAAUAGUACUACGCAGACAGGCUCAGGCGUUGUACUACUUUAGUGAGAUGACGGAGAACGAACUGAGCCAGUGGCGAGGGACAUUUCGAAGUCAUAGGGGUCUGAUGCGUUGCGCUCUCACGUCGAGCUUUGAACCGACCUUUACUAUUGAAACUUGAAACGUGUUAAUUAAAUACUUCUUUCUAAUCAGUGUGCCAUAACUAUGAUGUAUGAGGUAUUUGAAAAUCAAUAAUAAAAUAAUUUGUUGAUUGUCCAAAUUAGCUCUCCGAUGUUUUUGGAAGUUCCUGGGGGAACUGGUUUUCUAACUUCAAAAUGCCCAAGGUAGCUGAUAUUGACUCUCCACCCGAAAAAAUUACCCUACAUGUAUUAAUAGUAACAACCCUUAGCCGUUUUUUUUUCAGUCUGCUUUGAGUAACGAAAAACAUCGGAGAGACUUCCUCCUUUAAUGUAAAAAUUCCCCCACCACCGAUAAGUUCAUUGUUCUAUACCUCAGGAAUAAUGUGGCAAAUAAAACAAUCCACCCUAAACUUCGAA